UGUGAGAUGUCAACAGAUGCGAUGGAGAUUUACAGUUUAACCAUCUCUUCGGGCUAUUAGGCUGUGAUAGGCUACAGUGUAAGAUUGAAAUGGUCUGAUUUACACAAUUUAAUGCCAAAAUCAUACUGGACGUAGGCCCUUCACGAGUAUUUCUGUCUUGAUUCACGUAGCCUAUAGAAUGCUUCUGACCAAGGUCUGUGUUAUUUCAGGUGUUGGACAGAAAACACCCUGAUUCACAUUCUCAGAAUCACAACUUCCUUUUUCCUCACCUACACUGCAUUCCAUCAUUUUCUCUUCAACUAGCAAGCCAAAGCCCAGUGCCUACAGAAUUACACAGAUGUCCUACCUUAUUAUUGGUAUAAUUCAAUGAGAUGUUCACAAGAUUACACAAAUGGCAUAACUGCUGAACGAAACCAGUACGCUAUUCAAACUUCUGCUCCAAAAUGGCAGACCCCUCUUCCCUAUUUGUCACUGAUAAUAGAGGCAUGGGAGUGCACACAUGUGAUCUUGUGAUAAGAAGAAACUAUGAAGUCAUCUCAACUGUCAUCUGCUCUGCAUUCCUUUUGUUUGGGCUCAUCUACUGCUUUUUGGGUUACAGACUCUUCAAAAUGGUCAUGUUCCUGUCUGGCUUUGUAUUUGGAUGUUCAGCUGUCUGUCUGGUGUACUAUAAAGACCCUGUGCUGGACAAUCAUGUCGGGAUGGAAACCAAGAUAGGCAUCAACCUGGGUGUGGGUGUUCUGUGUGGUCUGGUGACCAUACUCAUCACUCCCUUGGGGCUCUUCCUCACAGGAUUAUACCUGGGAUGCCUUGUCACCCUGGCCAACGUGCUGGUGGCGGGACAGUAUUACAGCCUUGCUCCAGCAUGGGUGCCUCUAAGCGCUCUUUUGGCCACAAGUGUGCUCUGUGCCAUCCUCAUACUGCAGUGGCAGAAACUCUUCACUGUGCUCACCACCUCAGUAUUGGGUGCCGUUGUGGUGAUGAUAUGUGUAGACCACCUGGUUGAGAUGUCUCUUCUAGCUCGGCAUUUAUACAACAUUAUUUAUCAAGUUCCUGUAAGCCCUUUGUGCUGGUUCAGCUGGGCGAUCAUAGGAAUCUCCCCUGUCCUUAGUCUGAUGGGUGUAUUUGUGCAAUGGAAGCUCACAGCCCAUGGAUUAUCUCACAAAGGUUCCAAAGAUAUUGGCAGCAGACAGAAGAAACAGGCUCGACUAGCGCAUGUCAGAAGGAGAGAAGCCAGGAGACGCCCACAGGAAACACAACGCCGUCGCAAGCCUCCACCCCUCAAGCGGUAUGCAGGGGAUGUUCUAGCCCCUAGUUACCUCCAGAGCCUUCGUGAGCACCAGAUGGGGACAAGCUCAUCUUCAAGCAGCAUCAGUACAGUUACACACACAAUGAUUGACUUUGACUUUGAGACUGGCUCCAUGGUGCAUCUGACAUCUUCAGCCUCCUCACCCAUAUUUAGGAUCUGA